AUGUCAUCAGUCCUCAACGAUGCUUCCAUGCACCCAACAGGCGCAGUCGGGGUGACACCUGGAAUUCAAAAUGUAUCGACUGCUUCCACCGCUCAAUCCGAUGAUGUUUUCGCCACUGGAGGACAACUUUCAGGUCAUUCCGGUGUCCCAACUGAGAGUGGAUAUGAACACACUAUAUCUAAAGACGCCAAGGAUGUGGUAGAGGGUAAGCCUGGUGUCAUCGAGAGUACAGAGUUAGCUCCUUUGGGUGAAGAGAAAGUUGCGUCCGAUCCUGGUCUUGUAUCUCAAGCUACUAGCCUCGCUAAAGGCGCUUACGAAGCUGUUGUAGGAGAGAAGUAG